AUGGGGGCUAUGGCACGGCGGACCUUCUUUCCCCGGGUGGGCGCAAGCGUCAGCUGCACCAAACGUCGCCACAAGACAACCCCAAGGCAGUCCCCAAAAAGCCCAAGGGUAGGGGCGAGAGUCGUACAGAGGUCGGGAAAGCACCGAAGUACGAAGAGACCGCGGGUGUCUUAUGCCAGUGCCACCAAAUCAGUGAAGGUGGGCAUCAUGGCCGCUGACUACCCAAGCAGACUGCUGGCCAAGGAAGAAUUGACCAGCGUAGAGACGAUGCUGAUCAGGGAGUUGAGGAAAGGGUGGAUCACCAGCCUCAAUUUCAACGGCAUCAGAUUCAGGCCUGGUCUGAUAAUGGUUGAAUGCCGGGACGACAAUACCAGGGACUGGCUGGUAUCCGUCGUACCCAAGUUGACUGCGGUAGAAGGAGUGCAGCUCAAAACCUGUAUGCGGGAGCAGCUUCCGGAACUGGAGGUAGUCUCAGUUCACUUACCGCGGUCAUCAGGCGAAGAGGAGCAAACGUCCGUGGACCUGUUGAAGAGUGAGCGCUCUGACCUUCUCCCGGACACCUGGACGGUGCUCAAAUGCACUGACACAAGUGGGGGAAAGCUGGUGACCCUGGGUGUAGAGCAGCCUGCUCUACUGUUGCUCCAGCAAAACGGUAUGCUCCUGAGCUACCGUUUUGGCCAGCUCCCAUGUCGUCUUCACAAGAGAAAGGGCGCAGCAGCGACAGCGACACCCACUGCCGGGCCUAGCACCGAAGUGGCUGUCCCCGAUGCAGUCAACACGGUCGAGAGGGAUGCACUAGCUGAACUCGAGGCUGAGGUUGACAGCGCAUCACUGGGAGGCCUAGACCUGGAAGGGCUACGAAGACGAGCAGACGCUCGUCCCAGAUAG